AUGGCUCCCUUCAACUUCUUUGACCUUCCACCAGAGUUGCGGGCCGAUAUUCUCGGGCACCUUGUCGUGUUGCCAGCACCCAUCGACAUCAACCUGUUUGGUACCGGCCCCCCAAUUCCUGCGCUGGGUCUGUUUCUUGUCAGUCUCCAGAUGUAUCGAGAGGCAUCCGAGAUAUUCUACAUGGAGAACGAAUUCAUCGUUGAUUCCACGACGCAUCGGCUACCCCCUGAGCUGAUUCGCGAUGGCGGAUUCCUAAGCCCGCAAGCGCAGGAUACCCGCAGACGAAUCCAUCGAUUGACAGUCGACCUGCGCCGAGUGGGUGGCAUCUUUGAGAACUCUCUGGCCCCAGCCCUCAGCGAUAUGACGCUCUGCGGGACGCUCAGGUAUCUCAAGAUCCGCCUCGACCUAGUUGCACCACCGCCUGUGUCCAUGCUUGGUCGUCGAGGUGGCCCUGCGACGGACAAGGCGCCUGAUCUCAUGACUCGCAGCCCGUGGCAAGCACUCUUUAAGCUCCUUGACGAUCCAGACCUCGAGCAUGUCGAGGUGUGGGCAGGGAGCGAGCACUACGCCAUUUGGUGUCCGUUCCAUGAGACACUUGGCGAUGAGGAGAAGCAGGACUAUUCGCAGCCGCCUGUCGUCGUGGCAAGAGUCAAGUCUCAGCAUUGGAUAAAGCUGGACUGGCGUGCUAUGGUCAACACCUAUGGCCGUGGUCAUAAGAUCCUUCGUGUUGGCGAUCGCUUCCGAUAG